AUGACCCCAGGGAAGCAACAUCCACUGCUGAGCUGUGAAGGUGUAGGUACAGUGGCCUACAGUGAAGUUCUAGCAGACCUGGAGCACAAAAGUGAACACCCUGGCUUAUCCACCGUGGAUACUGCAAAAAAAUUGAGUGAACUGUGGUCUGAGCAGUCAGCCAAAGAUAAACAAUCACAUGAACAGAAAGCAGCUAAGCUAAAGAAGAAAUAUGAAAAGGAUAUUGCCGCACACCGUGCCAAGGGCAAGAAUGAAGUGGGAAAGAAGGGCCCUGGCAGGCCAACAGGCUCCAAGAAGAAUGAACCAGAAGAUGAGGAGGAAGAGGAAGAUGAAGAGGAGGAGGAAGAGGAUGAAGAUGAGGAAUAA